CCCCAACCCCCCCCCCCCCCACACACACACAAUGGAAGGUCUAAUACUAUUGAGGUCAAGACCGACCCUGCUUAAAGCCACCUUCCCCCUGCUGCGCACCUGUUACUAUCAAAGACCGGUUCCUGCUGCCCUCAUCUCUUCUGCUGCUUACACAUCUGCUGCCCCUACUGCUGUCCCUGCCGUGCCUCUGCCAACCCAUGCCAGGGAGCACGUGGUCACCAGCCCCCUGCCCCCCGUGACCCUGCCCACCGGUGACCUGCCCACUCUUCUCUACCAGCGCCUCGAGAAGUAUAGACACCUGGACGCGAUCGAAUGCGUGGUUACGGGGAGGAAAUACACGUUUGGGGAGGUUCUGGACUUGGGGUUGAGGUGGGGAGGAAUCGUCAAUAGUGUCCUUCCUCCCCCUUCGCCUUCCUCCCCACCUGCCCCCCGAAGUGUGGCUCUGCUCUCCAAAAACAACCCCGAGUUCCCAAUCAUCCUCUUGGGCACACUGGCGGCGGGGGCUUCCGUGGCCACCAUUAAUUGCAACUAUACGGCAGAGGAGGUCGCGCGGCAGCUGGCGGGGUCCGAGGCGGGUAUGCUGGUGACGGACCCCCAGCUUGAGGGCGUGGCAAUAGAGGCGUUGGCGAAGCUUGGGAAGAACCUGCCCGUGUUUGUUAACGGCGCGUCGAGCGGAGGUCACGCCAGCAUCCCAGAGCUGCUGAAUGACCCCAACAGGCCCUACUGCGAUCUGGUGGAGUCGCCGCCCGAGUCCAUGGCCGUCAUGUUAUUCUCCAGCGGGACCACGGGGCCUCCCAAGGGCGUAGUAUUGCCUCACCGAGCCUUUACCUCCAACUUAGCCAUGUUCACGCACCCGGGCAUUCUCGGCUUCCAACUACCUGCAGAGGGAGAGGAACAGGAUACGGUGACCGGCCUAAUGCCCUUCUAUCACAUCUACGGCCUCUAUGUGGUUACUCUGAUCAGUAUGCACCAAGCAGCCAAGGUGAUGUCGUUCCCCGCCUUUGACUCCGCCACCUUCACGAGAGUCAUCCGGGAACAGAGGGUAAGAGUCAUACACCUGGUGCCACCCACGCUUAAUUUCCUGACCAUGAGCAACCAGGUGACCUCGAAUGACCUGGCCAGUGUGCGGGUUGCAAUGUGCGCUGCGGCCCCCGUCCCCCCAACCGUCGCCAAGCUCUUCAAGGAUAAGGCUCCCAACCCCGUCAUUUUCCAGGAAGGUUUCGGCAUGACGGAGGCACUGGGGACCCACAUGACCCCGCUGAACGAGGAGCGGCUGGGCUUCUGCGGCAAGGUGGUGCCCAAUACGGAGGCCAAGGUGGUUAACGAGGACGGCGAGGCGCUACCAGAGGGACAUCGAGGAGAACUGUGCAUCAGGAGCCCGUCGCUGAUGACGGGGUACUACAAGAAUCCCCAGGCUACCGCUGAAACACUGGACGCUGAGGGCUGGCUUCACACUGGCGACGUAGCGGUACACGAGGACGGUUUCUUCAGCAUCGUCGACAGGAUUAAGGAGCUCAUCAAGGUCAAGGGAUUCCAGGUUUCCCCCUCGGAGCUGGAGGACACACUUCUCCAACACAAGGGCGUGACAGAUGUGGCGGUGGUGGGAGUCCCUGAUGACCGCGCCGGGGAGCUUCCAAGAGCUUACAUUGUGAAGUCCUCGGAGUCCUGCAGCGCGGAGGACAUUCACGGCUUCCUACGGGAUAAGCUGGCGGACUUCAAGCAGCUUCAUGGAGGGAUUCGCUUCGUGGACUCCCUCCCCAAGAAUCCUACGGGGAAGAUCCUGCGGAGGGAGCUAAAGGAGAUGGCAGCGGAAGAUAUUGACCCCUAAUUUUGUAUGCGAGUAUCUGGUAAUGGUGUUCAAUUUCCUCCGUUUUCUUUCUUUCUCCUUUUCCUCGUUUUCUUUCCUUUCCUUUUCCUCGUAUUUUUCCUCUAAGCCCUCUUUUUCUUUCUCUUCCUCUUUCUUUUUCUCCUUUCCUCACACACUUUUCUUUCUCUUCCUCUUUCUUUUUUUCCUUUCCUCACACACUUUUCUUUCUCUUCCUCUUUCUUUUUUUCCUUUCCUCGUGUUUUCCCUCUCUUAGCCCUGUCUUUUCUUUCUCUUCCUCUUUCUUUCUCCUUUUCCUCGCGUUUUCCUUAUUAGCCCUUUCUUUUCUUUCUUUUCCUCUUUCUUUUUCCUCUCCUCGUAUUUUUCCUCUAAGCCCUCUUUCUCUUUCUCUUCCUCUUUCCUUUUUUCCUUUCCUCGUGUUUUCCCUCGCUUAGCCCUGUCUUUUCUUUCUCUUCCUCUUUAUUUCUCCUUUUCCUCGUGUUUUCCUUAUUAGCCCUUUUCUUUCUUUUCCUCUUUCUUUUUCCUCUCCUCGUAUUUUUCCUCUAAGCCCUCUUUUUCUUUCUCUUCCUCUUUCCUUUUUUCCUUUCCUCGUGUUUUCCCUCGCUUAGCCCCGUCUUUUCUUUCUCUUCCUCUUUCUUUCUCCUUUUCCUCGUGUUUUCCCUAUUAGCCCUUUCUUUUCUUUCUUUUUCCUCUCCUCGUAUUUUUCCUCUAAGCCCUCUUUUUCUUUCUCUUCCUCUUUCUUUUUUCCUUUCCUCGUGUUUUCCCUCGCUUAGCCCUGUCUUUUCUCUCUCUUCCUCUUUCUUUCUCCUUUUCCUCGUGUUUUCCCUCUUAGCCCUUUUUCAAACAUAAACAGAAGGCCAUCCGGUGUGUCCGUGAGGCCGCGCCGCACAAAAUACACCCACCCACACUUCCUUAAUGCCUCCAGCCCCGCCCACUUUCCGGCCGCCAGACAGGCCACAUCUUAUAGUGUGUGUCCGCCUUUAGCCCUGUGUUUUUAUUCUCCUCUUUCUUUUUUUUUUUUUUCUUCUUUUUCCUCCUCUUUCUUGAUUCCUUUCCCCGGGCGUGAGGCGGAGGAGUGAUUUGAACCGCUGCUGUGAAUCUAUUAGCAAUGCCUUCAGGGAACGAAUGAUAAGACAGGACAUUGUGCCUUUGUAAUAAUAAUAAUAAUAAUAAUAAUGAUAAUAAUAACGAUAGCUGAUAAUAGCCACUUGUGCUGGACUCGUACUUAAGCAAUUGCCGGCAAUCACCACGCGUUAAGUACCUACUUGACGCGUGGUGAGGAGAGGUAGAGGUGAGAGGUAGAUUUGUGGAAGCUGAGGUGAGGAGGGAUAAGGUGGGGAGAGGUAGAGGUGAGGAGGUAGAUUUGUGGAAGCUGAGGUGAGGAGGGAUAGAGGUGAGGAAGGAUAAGAUGAGGAGGGAUAGAGGUGAGGAAGGAUUAGGUGAGGAGGGAUAGAGGUGAGGAAGGAUAAGAUGAGGAGGGAUGGAGGUGAGGAAGGAUAAGGUGAGGAGGGAUAGAGGUGAGGAAGGAUAAGAUGAGGAGGGAUAGAGGUGAGGAAGGAUAAGGUGAGGAGGGAUAGAGGUGUGGAAGGAUAAGAUGAGGAGGGAUAGAGGUGAGGAAGGAUAAGGUGAGGAGGGAUAGAGGUGAGGAAGGAUAAGAUGAGGAGGGAUAGAGGUGAGGAAGGAUAAGGUGAGGAGGGAUAGAGGUGUGGAAGGAUAAGAUGAGGAGGGAUAGAGGUGAGGAAGGAUAAGGUGAGGAGGGAUAGAGGUGAGGAAGGAUAAGAUGAGGAGGGAUAGAGGUGAGGAAGGAUAAGAUGAGGAGGGAUAGAGGUGAGGAAGGAUAAGAUGAGGAGGGAUAGAGGUGAGGAAGGAUAAGGUGAGGAGGGAUAGAGGUGAGGAAGGAUAAGAUGAGGAGGGAUAGAGGUGAGGAAGGAUAAGAUGAGGAGGGAUAGAGGUGAGGAAGGAUAAGAUGAGGAGGGAUAGAGGUGAGGAAGGAUAAGGUGAGGAGGGAUAGAGGUGAGGAAGGAUAAGAUGAGGAGGGAUAGAGGUGAGGAAGGAUAAGGUGAGGAGGGAUAGAGGUGUGGAAGGAUAAGGUGAGGAGGGAUAGAGGUGUGGAAGGAUAAGGUGAGGAGGGAUAGAGGUGAGGAAGGAUAAGAUGAGGAGGGAUAGAGGCGAGGAAGGAUAAGGUGAGGAGGGAUAGAGGUGUGGAAGGAUAAGGUGAGGAGGGAUAGAGGUGAGGAAGGAUAAGGUGAGGAGGGAUAGAGGUGUGGAAGGAUAAGGUGAGGAGGGAUAGAGGUGUGGAAGGAUAAGGUGAGGAGGGAUAGAGGUGAGGAAGGAUAAGGUGAGGAGGGAUAGAGGUGAGGAGGGAUAGUGCUGCGUUUUACCAGACUGUCGUACUUCGCCUAUUAAGUUUUCCGAUUUCCGACCCCGAACUGUCACCUCCACUCCAAUAGCUACGCUUAUUUAUAGUUACCGUUGAAAGGUUUAAUUAUUAGUGUCUUUUUGAUAUAGUUAAGUGUUUAAAACAGUAAAUACGGUGCUGGAUACGAUAUUAUGGCAACGCUGCCCUCCAUAGCAAAAGAUUAAGUAUUAGUUAGAGAACAUUGCAGGAAAUACAUCGCUUCACAUUCAUAUAUCUCUAUACAAGGAAUGUGGGUAGACUACGAUACCACUGUAAAUAAUAAUCGUCAUGUAUUAUUACUUAAGGAAACAGAUACAAUAAAUGAUAUUUUUAGUUAUUUAAC